CAAGACUUCGCCCAUUUGUAGCUCAUACUUGUACACAAAUGUUGUUAUCUGAUAUGUGGAUGGGAAGGCUGAACAUGCGGAAGAAUUCAUGGUACAAGGUACAGACAUGUACAAGGCAGAAAACAGGUGAUCUUGAGCAUUUUGCUUCCCCCUGCCAUACUGUUAUUGGAAUAUAAGACUAAGGCUGAAAUGUCCCAUAUUCCGCAGUCUCAAGAUGCACACCAAAUGACAAUGGAAGAUAGUGAAAACAACUUCCAGAAUGCAGUAGAUGAAAUACCUAUGGAAGUAUUUAAAGAAGUAAAAAUCUUGGACAGUUCUGAAGAAAAGCAUGACCUGGAGACACCAACGAAACCGAAGAGGCUUCCAAUUACACAGAAGUUUUAUGCAUUCUAUCAUGCACCAAUUGUGAAAUUCUGGUUUAACACGCUGGCAUACUUAGGAUUUCUCAUGCUCUACACAUAUGUCGUGCUUGUGAAAAUGGAGGAGUUACCAUCAGUUCAAGAAUGGAUUGUUAUUGCUUACAUUUUUACAUCAGCCAUUGAAAAGAUUCGUGAGAUCUUUAUGUCAGAGGCUGGAAAGAUUAACCAAAAGGUUAAAGUGUGGUUCAGUGACUACUUCAAUGUCAGUGAUACAAUUGCCAUCGUUACUUUCUUCAUCGGGUUUGCACUAAGGUUUGGAGCAAAAGGGAACUUUCAUGAUGAUACUUAUAAAAAAAAUUACAUAUUUGUUUCUGGAAGAAUAACAUACUGUCUAAAUAUUAUAUUUUGGUAUGUGCGAUUACUGGAUUUUUUGGCGGUAAAUCAACAGGCUGGCCCUUAUGUCAUGAUGAUUGGGAAAAUGGUGGCCAACAUGUUUUACAUUGUGGUGAUUAUGGCACUUGUGCUGCUUAGUUUUGGUGUUCCCAGGAAAGCAAUACUGUAUCCUAAUGAAGCACCGUCUUGGACCCUUGCUAAGGAUAUUGUGUUUCAUCCAUACUGGAUGAUUUUUGGUGAAGUUUAUGCAUAUGAAAUUGAUGUGUGUGCAAAUAAAUCAGAGGUUGAUCAUCUCUGUGGACCUGGAACAUGGUUGACCCCAUUUCUUCAAGCUGUCUACCUCUUUGUACAAUACAUUAUUAUGGUUAAUCUCCUUAUUGCAUUUUUCAACAAUGUAUAUUUACAAGUAAAGGCAAUUUCAAAUAUUGUAUGGAAGUAUCAGCGUUAUCAUUUCAUCAUGGCCUACCAUGAAAAGCCUGUUCUGCCUCCACCUCUCAUUAUUCUUAGUCACAUGGCUUCCUUAUUUUGUUGUAUAUGUAAGAGAAGAAAGAAAGACAAGACCUCAAAUGGGCCAAAACUCUUCCUAACUGAAGAAGACCAAAAAAAGCUUCAUGACUUUGAAGAGUUAUGUGUUGAGAUGUAUUUUAAUGAAAAGGAUGAUAAAUUCCACUCUGGCAGUGAAGAGAGAAUCCGAGUCACUUUUGAACGGGUUGAGCAUAUGUGCAUUCAAAUAAAAGAAGUUGGUGAUCGAGUCAAUUACAUCAAACGAUCAUUGCAGUCUUUAGAUUCCCAGAUUGGCCAUUUACAGGACCUCUCUGCUCUGACUGUGGACACUCUAAAAACACUAACUGCACAAAAGGCUUCAGAAGCUAGCAAGGUCCAUAAUGAAAUUACACGGGAGUUGAGCAUUUCAAAGCAUUUGGCACAAAACCUUAUUGAUGAUGGCCCUUUAAGGUCUUCUGUGUGGAAAAAACAUAGCAUAGGAAAUAUUUUUGGUUCUUCUUUUCCACAAGGUGGCCUUGAGAGUAAUAAUGCUUUACUCUGUAACAUUUCUACACGCAAUGAAAGAAACACCCAAUAUAUGAUGGGUCAGGAUUUAGAUCCUGUUCCCAGGAGCGAAGAACUACUUUUACAAGAGGCAGGUUCCUCAGGCAGUGCCUUAUUUCCAAGUGCUGUUAUUCCUCCAGAACUUCGACAAAGAGUACAGGGUGCAGAGAUCUCAAAAUGCAUUAAUAAAAAUAAAAAACUAGGCAACUCAUCAAACAGCAUGCCACAUCUGACAUCAUCAACAACUAAAUUUUUUGUUAGCACUCCAUCUCAGCCCAAUUGCAAAAGUCAGCUGGAAUCUACAGCAAAGCAAGAAGAAGCUAUUUGCUCUAAGGCUACAGAAGGAGAUAAUAAUGUAGAAUUUGGUGCAUUUGUAGGUCACAGAGACAGCAUGGAGUUACAGCGGUUUAAAGAAAUAGCAAACAAAGAAAAAAAUAAUAUUGAGGAGCAACAAGAAGACUUUAAGAAAGCUAUUCUAGAGGGUAUAGAGAUGACCAGACACCAGGACGGUCUUCAAACUGACUGUAAUUUGAGACAGACUAACUCUUGCAGUGGAUUUGCUGAAUAUCUUGAAAACUCUUUGGCAGGUCAUUCGGAACAGUUGUAUAGCAUGAGUAGAAGAGCAUCAACUGAAGAAAGUCAUCAAGUAGACUCUAAAGCAGCCUUGCUCCCGGAUUGGGUACAAGGUAGACCUUCAAAUAGUAGUCAAAUGCCUUCUGAUGAAGAUGCGUUGAAUGGUAUUGCUUCUCCUUUUAAGCCAAUAAUGGAUAUCAAUUACUACUACUCAGCUGUAGAAAGAAAUAAUUUGAUGAGGUUAUCACAGAGCAUUCCAUUCACUCCUGUGCCUCCAAGAGGUGAGCCAGUCACUGUGUAUCGCCUUGAAGAAAGUUCUCCCAACACCUUGAACAACAGCAUGUCUUCCUGGUCACAGCUAGGACUCUGUGCAAAAAUUGAAUUUUUAAGUAAAGAAGAGAUGGGUGGUGGUUUACGUCGAGCUGUUAAAGUAGUAUGCACGUGGUCAGAAUAUGAUAUCUUGAAAUCAGGACAUCUUUAUAUCAUCAAAUCUUUUCUUCCUGAAGUUGUGAAUACUUGGUCGAGCAUCUACAAAGAAGACACGGUGUUACACCUCUGUUUGAGAGAAAUUCAACAGCAGAGGGCAGCACAAAAGCUCACAUUUGCUUUCAAUCAAAUGAAGCCUAAAUCCAUUCCAUAUUCUCCAAGGUUCCUGGAAGUUUUCUUGUUAUAUUGCCACUCAGCUGGACAGUGGUUUGCCGUUGAAGAGUGCAUGACUGGAGAGUUUGGAAAAUACAACAAUAACAAUGGUGAUGAAAUAAUUCCAACAAAUAUGCUAGAGGAGGUCAUGCUAGCUUUCAGCCACUGGACUUACGAAUAUACAAGGGGGGAGUUGUUGGUACUUGAUUUGCAAGGUGUAGGUGAAAAUUUGACAGAUCCUUCUGUUAUAAAGGCUGGAGAAAAAAGGUCUUAUGAUAUGGUGUUUGGUCCAGCCAAUCUAGGAGAAGAUGCAAUCAAAAACUUCAGAGCUAAACACCACUGUACUUCCUGCUGCAGGAAGCUUAAACUUCCUGAUCUGAAGAGGAACGACUAUACACCUGACAAAAUCAUAUUUCCUCAGGAUGAUUCGCCAGAAUUGACAAUUCAGCCAGGAAGCUGCACCAAAGAAUCAGAAUCAACUAAUUCUAUUCGUCUAAUGCUGUAAUGACAUGACCAAAUCAUUGGCUUCACUUAAACUUUACAAAAUGUCAUAAAGUUGUCACUUACUAUUCUCCACUGAAAUUUAGUUUAUAUUAGAUGAAAGAGCUAUCAGAAUAAGGAACUAUACAUUUUAAGUGGAAUUUUGAUGGACAGUCUAUCAGCUAGGGGACCUGACAACUUGUGGUAACCCCCUACAGAGAAUAGCUGGCAGCUGGUCAUUUUAAAGGUUCAAUAAUGGCAAGCAUUUAUGAUGUGUUUUUAAAAGGGGCUUUUUAGCAGAAGCUUUAUCUUUAAUUUUAUUUUGGUUUAGUGGAGGAUCUUUUCUCUCAUCCUGUGGUGCAAUAUACCCUUGACCAAAAGAAUUUUGGGGGUCUGAUAUUUUAAAGGCAAAAAUGUCUGUUUGGCAGGUGGUUGACUGUCAGCCAGCCAAAAAAAAUGAAGAAAGCACCCUUCCUCUUAAUGUUAGAUGAUUCCCUAAGAAGUUAUAGAGGUAUCCCACUAAUGUUUUUUCACUUGAUGCCGUAUGUAUUUCAUCUGGCCCUUUGGAAGGGAACAGAUCCAAAGGAACUAGAUUCAGUGCCAGUAGGCUAAGGUUGAAGGCAGAAAUUGAUCUAUUCCAAUAGAGUUUGUCUCCUAAAUCGGGAUUUAGCUUCACAGGUGUGAAGCCUGUUUUUGUGGAAUAGAGCUGUAAUAGUGCACAAUGAAAUUUCUUAUUUUAUACAUUUCAUUUUUAUCAAGUCACUGUCAAUUAGUAACAAAUAAAGCCAUGGUAGACUGGUAUAAUCACAUUAUAUAGAAGAAAGUAGAACGUACUGGUCCAAAUAAGUUGCCUUGUAAGAAAACAAGUUGGGGAAGUGUUUGUUUUUUCUUGUAUGUAGUGACUGCUUCAGAAGUUAUUCCUUCCAAAGAUCUCGUAAAACCAGUAUAUCAAAGCUGAAUGUACACAUGAACCUUUAAAUGUGUUUAAAAUUGUGUAGAAACAUCUUUAAUGUUACGUUAUUUGUGGUACUUAUUUUAAAAAAAGGCUAGGGUCGGAUUAGCAUUAUGUAAAGUAUGGGAAAUUGCAAUGCACCUUUACGCCAAUAAAAUGUAAUUUAACUGUCCCAAAUAUUGUUGAGAAUUCAGCAAGAAAAACCUGUUGUCCACCUGAAGGUUCAUGCUGCGAUAUUUUGUUUUGUUUUGUUUUUUGUUACAUAGGUACUAAUUUGUAAUUUUUAAUUGAAGGGCAAUAUAAAGCUCUGUAAAUUUUUUUUUAUUCAGUAGUGUAUCUUAUAGAUACAGACCUAAGGCACGAACACACUAGCUGUUUAAAUGGUGUUUUAUGUUGAUGGGGGGAAAGGAAGGUGUAUUAAAGAUAUAAUAGUGUAUACAUUUUGUAUAUUAUUCAAUCUUUAAAGAAUCUGAAAUAAAUUUAUUCUUGUU